AUGUGCGCAGCACUGGUGGUAGAGGGCAAGCCACUGCCCACAUCGCCACCUCCAUACGACAUCAAGGUCGACUCCGAUGAGCCCGACGGUGCAGAACCCAUGGUCAUGGGAGCAUCGAAGUGCAAGCCGCCGAAGAAGACCAAGACGCGCAAUGCUGCGGCAUCCAGCUCCAAGGUCAAGGGUGGCGAGGAGGUCGAGGUGACGAAGCAGAAGGCAACCGUCACGCCCGAUGAAGCCAACCCUGAAGGUGAGGCCUCGGUGGAGAAAUCGUCGAAGUUCAAGCGCGCCACCAAGUCUGCCACCGCCACUGGAGCUGUGGCUCUGUCAAACUCUGGCGAGGUUGCCAACUCUGGCGAGGUCUCCAAGUCUGGUGCGCCUGCCAAGUCUGGUGCGGUUACCAAACCUGACGAAGGUAAGAAGUCAGGACCCAAGCCAAAGCCGGUGAGGAGCCAAAACUCAGGUGUGCAAGAUGGUGGCAAGGUCACCAGGACCUCAGUACGUGAGGCGGAUGAGGUCCCACCUGCCAAGUCUGUUGCGAAGGAGGGCAGGCAGAUGACAAGGGUGGCGAUGGGAGGUCGCUCAGGCCCAAUGGUGCCCGUGAUCACCAGGAAGGUGAAGGCGAGUGCUCCGAAGGCAGCAGCCAAGAUGCCUCUGGUGGAAGGCGAUGGCAUGGAGGAAGCCGCCAGGCUGGCAAUGGAGGUGGUGCGGGCUAUGGCCUUCCAAACAGGGCCAGCUGCUCCGCCGCAAGCUAGCAGCAGCAAGCGCAUGCUGACACCAGUCACCGACGAACCAGAGGAUGCGCCAGAGUAUCAGGCAGAGGUGGCGGAGGAUGAGCGCGCGUCCUUGGAGCGGCCACACGACGAUCGGUGGCAUUCGCUGCUGAUGCCCCACAAGACGAGUGCAGGAGCUGCCGAGGUGACACAGGAGGUGACGCCCUCCCUGGAGAUAUCCAAGGCGUCGAAGGGAGCGAAGUCCUCCACAUUGGCGAAGGCAGGACAUCUCGAUAAAGGGUGA